AUGAUUGUUUUACAAUCCGUUCCUAACGAUAUUCACAACGGUUUCAACACAAACAACAGGAGCCUCGAAAUUAACAACGCUACGAUUGCGAAUUACUCUGCAAUCGCACCACAAACUAUUCCCGCCUCAAUGUAUCAAACAAAUAAUACUCGAUAUCAUCAACAACAAACGCACAUUUCUCAUCAACAACAACUUCCGUCUCAACCUUACGUGUAUCCAACCGAAGUUAAUAAUCAACAACAGUACGCAGCAGUUGCCGCAGUUGCGGCCCAUUCGCGAUCUUCUUCGACUUCUUCUUUAUCUCGUAAUCCACCAACUCCCGAUAAUAAUUCUUUUGCAAUUGAUUCGAACACUUAUUAUCAGCAACCACAGCAACAUCAAAAUUCCAAUAAUAGUAAUAAUAAUUCGUCUCCUAAUUCAUCACCACCAAAUCAAGUAAUAUCUACACUUCAAAAUCCAUCAUCUGUCGCAAAUACAUUAUCAUUAAAUAUGAGUUCAACUCAAUCAGUACCUGCGGGUUUUUACCAAUCAAUGCAAUAUGAUGGUUACGCAGCUGCUGAAGGAAUUUAUGCAAAUCAGGCUAAUUCUCUACAACAGGCCAUCAAUCAACAACAGCAGCAACAAGCCGUCCAGCAAGUAAUCUCGCAACAACAACAGCAGCAACAAGUGGCCCUAAAUCAGCAACAAUCACAGCUUGUUUCAGUGGUUGAUCCGUGUACGUUACCUCCGAUUGUGCAAUCUACAACCGGAUCAAAUGAAAUUCAGCCAUUGAUUGAUGCUACUUCUGGUAGAAUUAAUUCCUCGAUCUUUACUAUUAAUAAUACUGCCAUUGCUAUAAACAUUAAUGAUAAUUCUAUUUCGAAUUCAAUAGGUGAUUCGUCACUUAUUAAUCAAAACGGAGGAGCCACGAAUAGCACCACGACGACCACCCUCGCCUAUCAUUCACAGGCUGCCGCUUCACAAGCCGCAUUGAUUAAUGGUCAUUUCUUGGCCCCUGCUAAUUCAAUAUUAUCGCAGCAGCAACAACAGUCGUCACCUCAUCAACAACGAAUGAUCAAUCGUCGACGCUCAGAUGAACCAAGUGAUACUGCAAAAUUAUCUUCUUCUAUGGAUCGUCCUCAAAAAGUGUACUCUUUUGUAUCUUUAGCAGGAAUCAACACAAAGAAAAGACCUCGAAGAAGAUACGAUGAAAUUGAACGUCAUUACGCGUGUAACUAUGAAGGAUGUACAAAAGCUUAUGGUACUCUUAAUCACCUGAACGCGCAUGUUCAAAUGCAGAGACAUGGUCCUAAGCGUCAUCCAUCUGAAUUCAAAGAACUGCGAAAACAAUGGCGUCGGCAGAAGCGCGAGGAGGAAGAAAGAAAAGCCACGGAAGCCGUUGCAGCUAACGUCGCAAAGACAGCAUCAUUAUCCGCUGGACAUCUUAUGAAUACCAAUUUAUCGCCGAUUUAA